CUACCAGUACACGUGUGACUAUGAUUUUCUUGUUACUUACCACGGCGUUUCUCGCCGCGGACGCUAGAAAGAGCAAAGUGACGUUGGUUAAUAACGGUUACAAAGGCCUCGUGGUGGGAAUACACAGAGAUGUGACGGAGAAUCCAGAGAUUGUCAACAAGAUUAAGGAAUAUAUCACAGAGUUAUCCCGAGAUCUUCUCCGGUCAACCAAUAACCGUGCCUAUAUACAAAACGUCACAAUUCUCGUGCCGAGCACGUGGACGACGUACACGAACUUUGAUAGAGAUGCGACCAGUGAACUGUUCACCACGUCCAACAUCAUCGUUGACCACGAGAGCGAGCAAUAUGGGGACAAUCCGUACGUUAAGCAGGUCUUACCGUGCGGUGACCACGGGGAGAAUAUGCAUCUGACCACUGGCUAUUUAUUAACGCCAAGGACGGAGGUGGAGAACAAAUUUGGACCAAUAGGAAAAACUCUAGUCCAUCACUGGGGACACCUCCGCUGGGGUUUAUUUGAUGAAUUCCCAGUGACCGCGGAAGGAUAUCCUAGAUUUUACCAUGACAACCAAGGCAAUGUGGAAGCUGUCCGGUGCUCACUCAAGGUCAAAGGUCAAGCGGUUCAACCUUCAUCGCAACAACCAUGCCAAAUAGACAGUGCCACUGGUCUUCCGGUCUCCGACUGUGUGUUCUCCACGCCAGACACUGGUCAAAUGGCCACGGGGUCUGUUAUGGACCGUUAUUCUUUAUCCAAUAUAUACACAUUUUGUGAUAACGACGCCUCGUCACCCAAUAACCUUCAUAAUAUCGAGGCACCAAGUAAGCAAAACCGAUUGUGUUCAAUGAAGAGUGCAUGGGAGAUCAUGCGGGACCAUCCAGACUUCAAAGACGGUGUGAACCCUCCUCUCACGGAUACAGAGGUGGCGGGACUGAAUACGACACCCUCUUUCACGGUGGUCAAGGAAGGCAAAAGAAGAUACGUCCUCGUACUGGACAUGUCUCACAGCAUGGCGGAGAAUAACCGUCUGAUCAACAUGGUCAAAGCGUUGCGAGACUUCAUCCUGUACACGGUCUCCGACGGCAGCUACGUUGGUAUCGUCCGGUUCUAUUAUAAGGCGGACAUUUUGUGUCCCAUGACGGAAAUUACGUCAUACGAAGUACGCUUGCAGGUCGUGGACACGCUCCAACCGGAUCUCUUCCCUUACACGUCACUAGGCACCGGAUUACGCAAUGGACUAAAAGCUCUUGAGAAUGCCCAGGAUAUCACUGUGCCAGGUGCUACUCUGGUUCUAUUUAGUGACGGAGACAAUACUUUAGAACCCGACAUAGAGAUGGUGCAGCCAGAAAUUGUUCAGAACCAGGUAUCGGUUGAUACUGUCUUGAUCACGAAAGAGGCCACAGAUCACAUGAUCCCCCUAGCGGAAGACACUGGAGGCACGCCCCUUUAUGCCUCAGAAGCACUUCCGGUGAUUGCACUGACGGAGUCUCUGACAUAUGUCGUCACUUCUCGAGAGGAGUCACCAGUUUUACAGCUCCAAGGUUUGGCCAUCUCCGUGGCUUCCUCGCAGCAGUUCAACGGCAGCGUGCACAUUGACGAAGACAUCGGGGUGAACACAAAUUUUAUUUUCAGCUGGAACCCCGUGGUGAACAACGAGGUCGUGAACGUGUCCGUGGUACUGACGAAACCAGAUGGAGAGAUCAUCGAACCCAACAGUACAGCCUACAACCUCACGUACGGCUUCGUUACCAUACCCAUUGAAGGGCUGGCGAUGGCGGGCAGAUGGCAAUACACUGUUGAUUGCGAUACCAUAGAUGAAAUUGACAUCAAUGUCCGUGUGACGUCAACUGCACGUGAUGGCGUCGACCCAAUCAAACUGACGGGGGAAGUGAAUGAGGGAAGGGUGAACUUUUCAGACCCAGAUCCAACACCUAUCAUAAUCCUGGCGGACCUGAGACGCAAGUUCUCACCGGUGGUGAACGCUAAUGUCACAGCUACAGUAGACACUGACUAUAACGCCACGUAUUUACAGACGUUUACUCUUAAGCUACACGACGAUGGUCUUGGUGCUGACGUGACAGCCGGGGACGGUGUAUACUCGGGUUAUUUCCUGGAUAUACCUGACACUGGCCGUUACCGCGUCCGAGUGCUUGCCAACAACAACCCCAACACUGCCCAGCUGAAAGUUCACUCACCUCCCACGAGAAAUGCCGUCAUGGCAGAGGCCGCGGGAGCCCCAGAAAAUCUUCCAGUUACCUAUCGACCGCUUGGUCAAUUUGAUCGCGCGGUGUAUGCUGGGUUCGUCAUAGUAACACUGCCAUCUGGUGUCGAGAUGUCUGACGUCUACCCGCCACUCAGAAUUUCGGACCUCCGUGUUAGCAAGACUUCCUAUGAUAAUGAUAGCGUUGUGUUAAUGUGGACAGCGUCUGGGGAGGCACUGGACAGGGGCACAGCCUUGAAGUACGAGGUUCGAUACGCAACCACCCACCAGCAGUUUCUAGACGACUGGGACAGCUGCACGGCGGUGACACCCGACAUGGUGUCUCACGGAGACCUGCUCAAUCCUCUACCAUCUGGAAAAAUAGAAACCAUGGUCGUAUCUUUCCCACCCUCGUACUCGACCAGAACUCUGGUGUUUGGUGUUAAGGCUCUAAAUUCAGUGAAGAAAAGCGAAAUGUCCAAUCUUGCGUCCGCCAUUAUUCUUCCCAAUUUGAAUGCGACAAGUCCUGUUCCGACGGACAAUCCGGUUGUCCAACCUGAGGAUCCUGGUAACGAUAUUCUUAUUAUCAUCGCUGCAGGUGCCGGCGGAUUCCUCAUUUUACUCAUAAUCAUCAUAGUUAUCAUUAUUAUUGCUCUUAGAAAUCGAAGAAAACGAAGAGAAGAACUCGAAAGAGCCAAAAAGGAUCUGGUAGACGGUAAGGAAAUGGAAUGUGGAGAGAUGAAUAUGAAUAUAUCAGUUCCUCCUGAUAUUUUGAUGCGUACACCUAGCGUGGAAUAUCCAGAUGGAAUGGGCUACACUUUGGAAUACGAAUCUCAUGAAAUCCAAAAGACUUGGGGCAUUUACAAAGGGGGAGGGGCUUUGGCACCUAAUGGCACUCCCAAGCCACGCGAAAAUAAACGAGAUCUUACCACCAUUGAGUGGGACCAGCCUAAUUCAAAGGACGAAGGAAACUUUGUGUUUGCGGGACCAGGAAUGGCCGAGCCAGGCAGACGACCAUCGCAGCGUUCUAGGAUAUCCAAUGGAUCGGCGGUUGGGUCGCAGGCGCCGCGUGCGAGUGUCGAGGAAAAUGACGUUGGUCGCAAUAGAUACGCAAAAAACUGGAAAAAUGCCAGGAAUUCCGCAUACAGCAAUAGAUCAUUUCAGCGUGAUUAGUCCCCGCAUACCACGUCUUCCACGCUGAUUGUAUUCGUCACAUUUUGUCAUAUUUUCGUCAUCAUAACUAUCAUCCACCAUUCCGACCAGUUCUCACUGGCUCUAAGGGCAUAUGGCAAAGUUUCCUUCACCCUGACGUGGUGAAAUAUAUGUCAUUUUAAUUGCAAUAUGUCGUCAUAUACUUGAUGCAAAGUGUUGCCUUUUUUAUUUCGUAUAUAGUCGUCAUUCAUUUCACACUAUUGACGGGUGAUUUACUAGGGGCAAUUAUGAUAUUUAAAAUGAAGAUCCCUUCAAGGAAAACGUACGUAAUUUCAGGCGUCAAAACGUGCACUGAUAUUAUCAAGAUUCCUCAGGUUGAAGACUCUUUGAUAGAAAUUAAGACAAAAUAACAAAGUUGCAAUUGACAAAAAUUUACCAAAGAAGGGCUAUUAUGUCUUCUACAGUGUUUAGGUAUUACUCAGUAAAGCAUGUGUGCAGGCACAGGUGUAUUUUGUCCAAUUAACUCCAUACGUAGAUAUACUCAACUUACAUGUAUAUAUGCGGUAUAUACAUGUAUAUUAAAAUGUGCAAUCAACUUUAUAUGAACAUGGGUGUUGCCCAUUAAUGCCGGUCCAAAGCACGUUUGAAUCCUUCUAUUUAUGUAUUGUCGCUAAACCUUUUUAAUGACACACAAUUUGAUGUCGUUUUCGACAUAUUUUAAAACUGAAUGAAUUCGCCAUUGGUUGUGGUUAUUUCUGUGCUCUCUAGUAACAAAAUGAACUGAGGAGAGGGAACAUCUCAAUGUGCAUGGUUUAGAGCGAUGUAUACAGAUUACACUUACUCAAUAUCAGGGUAAUUAAUCUGUGUGUCUGGCUUGUUUAUCGAAAAGCAAAACUAUUUCAUGGCGUAAACGGUGUAAACAAAGUACAUGUAGGUCUCAUUCUUUAGAAAACUUUGUUUCCUGUCACUUAGCGAUGUGACUGCUUGUGAUUUACUUAAGUCAGUACUUGGGUGGUGCCCUAUUGUAUUGAUAAGCUGAUGGGACAAUAUAUUUUACACCUUCUAUGUGUUAUCUAGAUAAUUCCAUAGGCACAUUUUAUAGCACACUCGUUUUGAUAAGAUGAUACACUUGAUUGUUGUGUGAAUGUUGAAUCGUAAUAAUUAACAUACAUUAUUAUAAUUCACUCUCUGGUAGAAUACUCCCUUUGAAUGUUACCUAAACGAUAAAUCCACGUAGUUUAUUAUGUUUAUAGUGCUAAAACGUGGUGCAAGAUAAUAACACACCGUAGUGAUGAUUAAAUCUAUUAUAGGUUUAUCUAUGAAGUUUAUAUAUGUACAUGUAUAAGGAGUUCCCGAUGAUUCAAUUUAAUGUGAUGAGAUAUGGGUGCUAUAUAAUAAAAGAAGUAAUUUCUAUACCAUAUG